UUGCUUUGGAGGAAUCCUCCUAAGCCCGACUAAAGCUAAUUAGGACUACUAAUCAGUGGGUUAACAAUUUCCUUCUUUCAUUGACUGUUGGUCAGUUUUCGUUCCCCCGAGAAAAUCAAUCAGAGGAAGACACAGAAUUAUGGAAAAGCUUCGAUGCCAGAGGAUCGGUUGCGACGCCGUCUUCACUGAGGAUGACAACCCAGACGAUUCCUGCACUUACCACGACGCUGGUCCUAUAUUUCACGACGGGAUUAAAGAGUGGAGUUGUUGCAAGAAAAGAAGUUAUGAUUUCACUUUAUUUCUGGAAAUUCCUGGUUGUAAAACUGGGAAACACACGCCAGAAAGACCAGUGCUGAGAAGGCCAGCUCCUCAAAAUAGAGCAAUUUCUGCACUGCCUCAAGAGAACAGUGUGUUGACUAAGGAAACUUGUCCCAGGUGUCGACAGGGUUUCUUUUGCUCUGACCACGGUUCUCAAGCCAGAGACGUCAAUGCAAAAGCAUCAAAAACUGUAGGUGUUGCAUCUUCUGGGAGUGAUUCACAUUUGCAGGAAGUUUGUGCACCUCCAGUUAAGAAGGUGAUUGAUAUUAACCAGCCUCAGACUUGUAAGAAUAAGGGAUGUGGGAUAACCUUCAAAGAAAAGGAUAAUCAUGAUACAGCGUGCAGUUAUCAUCCUGGCCCUGCUGUCUUCCAUGACCGGAUGAGAGGGUGGAAAUGCUGUGAUGUUCAUGUCAAGGAAUUUGACGAGUUCAUGACAAUACCACCUUGCACUCAGGGAUGGCACAAUGCCGAUGCCAUGUGAAGAAUGGAUAAGUGACAACAUUUGGGAAAUUGUGACUUUCUCUGCUUCAUUACGUGUUGAACUUGAGUUUUUUCAGCUUGCCACUUUCGCAACGAACUUCACUUAAACUUCAUCUACCUGAUUUGAGUCGUAGCAUUUGUCCUUAACCUGAAAUUAGGCUUAUAACGAGCCCUGGGUUGCUGCAAAUGAGUAAGCUUACAAUCAUGUGGGCGAUGAUUUGAGACUUUUUGGUUGACAUGAGGCCUGGUAUCAAUUAUGGGAAUUGAGCAUCAGUACUAGCACUUUAGAUCCAUAAGUUUUGAUUUUUGUCUCAAUUGUGAUGAAGCAUUGUGUGCUGGAUUCGUCAUUGGGUGGAUGUUAAUUUGGGUCUAUUUUAAGGAAAGGGUGUCUUUCCGUUUUUUUUUUUACAUUGAAAGAGUCUGGAAAGAGAUUUGAUUGAUGAAGG